UUUGCAAGUGCAAUCUACAAUAAAGACGCAGCACUGCCAAACAUUGUUGGUUUCAUUGAUGGUACUAUGCAAGCAAUAUCAAGACCAAGCCAAGGUAAUGAAGUUCAAAAAGCUUUUUACAAUGGUUGGAAGCACAUGCAUGCUUUGAAGUACCAGUCUAUUGUUACUUCUGAUGGGAUCACAAGCAGCUUGCUUGGACCAUAUGUUGUCUCUAGACAUAAUCAGUAUAUAUAUACCAUGUUCAAAACAGAAGCAAGAGUGGAAAAAUAUUUGGAUAUUGUACCAGAUGUUGAAUUGCCAUUUGCCUUGUACGGCAAUCCAGCUUACAUGGUUUCCAAGUGCCUGUACUCACUAUUUGAAGGCGUAUCUCUUAGUGAUAUAUGGGAAUUUGGGGAAGUACAGAAGUACUUUAUGUAUUCCAAGUAUAAGUAUGCCAUGAAAAUAGGGGAAACAAGUCCAGCAACUGUGUACAUGCCAUCCACAGUAUUCAAAAAUAUGAUCCACUGUACUGGUCGCAAUAGAUUGCCAACAAGUUCAUAUUUUGGUUUGGAGCCACCAACUCUUGAGGAGUAUAUCUCUGGAUUAAGACGUGAUAAAUUAGAUGGAGAAGAUGAAGAUGAUAUAUUAUUUUAA